AUGCCUCCAGGUUCCAGUGCCAGUGCCUCUCAGACUCUCACGCCAGGCAGCUUCAGGACCGAUGAUGAUACCACUGAAAUUGUCCACUCGGCAUCCGUCACUCAUACGAAUGCUUCAGAGGGGCCGGAGAUCACGCGAGUUCCAGGAUUCAAACGUCUACCAUACGAAAUCCUGUCAUACAUUGUGCAAGAACUAUCACUGGAGACCAUUUUCGACUUGGCUCAAACCUGCCACCAUUUUGAGUAUUUGGUCAGGGAAGUCAAUCUAUGCAAAAUGCUUCUGAGGUUGAAAGCUCCAUUUUCACCAGAAGCUGCCGAGGCAAAAAGUGAUGGCCGCUUUGACAGGGCCCUUAGAAGACUUGUCAAGCGCCGAAGAGCAUUCGCUCAAGCAUCUCCGUAUGCAAUGGGAAUCGUUGGGGUCGCAGACUCCUAUAUAUAUUACAAUGGCUGGCUUUUGUAUGUUGUAGGGGACCGUCCAGAAAAGCGUCUCCAUAUUCUUGACCUGCAAAACACCAAUAAUCAGGAGGUCAUCGUCAACAUACCAAGGCUCAUUGCCCGUUCAAUUCCCGAAUCCGAAACUGGGCGAAAGUACACUUUUCGAGCUUUGUACCACGCAGCCGGUAUCACAACAUGCCUGCUGUCUUACACACGUCCAACACCCCGCAGUUGGCUUAUGGUCUUCAAUGCACAAGAGCGGCAAUUUUUCGGUACAAUCCCGCUAGAAUCAACGAUACGCCUCUUUGUACGAAACAACGCAAAAGAUUUGGUUUAUGGUACUCAUUCGGAAUACGAUGCAAGUGGUAACCGCAAAUGGAUUCUCCACCACUACAACAUGGAAUCUCAAGACUUGUCUCACGCUGGCAGGAUGACCAUGUCUGAUUUGGUUGGUUACGAAGUUGGAUCCGCCGUGUGUUUUGAAAUAUUCGACAAGUAUCUAUACGGGUGUUCCAAUCAGACCUCGUUUGAAUUGGAAGAGAUUGACUGGACGUCUUAUUAUUAUUGCUUCCGUGUUUCACUGGAUGGCUUCAACCGGGAAAGCAUAGAGGUCAUGCAAAAAAGGGACGCUUUCAGGAGGCAACAUAGGGAAGGACCGAUAGAUGAUCGCUGGACUUUUCUCACCCUCAGUCAGCACGAGGAGGACGGCUCAAUUAAGCUGACAGAGUGCCGUCGCGAGUGGCUGAACGGUGGAAGCGAAAACAGACGAACAUAUUACACAAAGGAUGUAAGAUUCGAUCGCCCGACCUCUGAGCGGGACGGGCCUGAGAGCACAGGUCUCGGCAUUGAUGGUAACGAUCCUUGGCCAGAUGAACCAUUGGUACGUUUGAUCCGAAGCAGUGAUCGCCCCAAUUUCGGCAGAAGCUCCGAAAGACAGUUCCAUCCAGGCGAUUACGGACCAUCCAUGUUCAGCAGGAGCAAGACUUAUUUGUCCACUUACUCUCAUUCAUGUGGCACAUUUAUGGAUUUGGUUGACGAUCCUCACCCAUAUGAUCCAGAUACACAACGCCUGCGGAUCAGGACUGGGUCGAGAACAUGCAACUCGUCGGCUGCAACACAAGCUGCUGCACAGCAUGGCCCCCACGAUGGACAAGUGGCUCGAGAAGAUGCCAGUCGGGCUCAUUGCAACAGCAUUGCCUUUUGGCCGCCUGAUGUUGAUCACAGGGAAGCCGAGGCUCGUGCAGACAUUUUUCAGAGACUCAAUCAGGCCAUGAAUCCGGCCGGACUUCGUGGAAGCGUCACAGCGGCAGGUGAUUGCCGAACUAUUGUCUAUUCAACAAGCAAUGCAGGAGGUAGCACUGCCAUGAAAGUACUGGUGGUACUUUCUUUCGACCCCGCGAUCAGAAUGGCUGGAAUGAUUCGUGCAGGUAGCAUAACGUCCCAGAAUAAGAAUGACGAUGCCAGCAAAGUCCGUCAACACAUGGGUGCGGCCGGUCCAAACGGGAAAGUCGAAAAGUCUGACCGUGAGACCGAAUUGCCAGGUCACAGUCAUGAUGAUGUGCAUAAGACCACAAGUUUCGUGCGGAGUCAGAUUCAGAUUGUUCCGUGGUCUGAUAAACAAAACCUUUCACUACCAGCCGUGUGGACAUUGGACGAAACGCCUUGGGCGGCAGUAGAAGAAGCCAUGCAUCACAAGCUUGCUGCCAAGUAUGAUUUCAGCUAUUUUGAAGACGCAACAUAA